AUGUCCGAAUGCCUGGACACAAUAGAUCCUGCAAACUUUAUUAUCGGCAUUAUUCAUUUGCCUCCUGGUCGGACUGCCCAGUCGCUACUUCCCACCACGGAACCGGUUCUGAAGGUGCUGCAAAAGUUUUUUCGGAAGUUUGAAAAGCAUCCAGGAGAGGCACUAUGCAAAGAAAUACCGUCUUCGAACGAGGAUGAGGAUGUCCUAUUGGUGGCGGAAGGUGCCACUGAUCACGUCGGUGGCGGUUCUCAACCUCGUUUGCCCUUUGUUGGCCGCAGCUCUGGUGGCGGUUACUGCCUGCGACAGCUGCCAGCUCAUCGUUUGCACAUUCGUGUAAGCAAGAGGUGAGCCUCCAAUGGACUAUUUUUCUUUUUCAAUGCUAGACUACUGCCCAUAGUCAUACGCCUGCAGAGCGUCCAUAACCACAGGCACCACCACCACCACCACCACAGGCACCACCACCACAGGCACCACCACCACAGGCACCACCACCACCACCGGCUUCUCCGACGUAGUUGGUUUGUCGGCAACUGCACCAGCUCUCGCAGACGACUCCAGACGUUUCUUACUGUGGCAGUGAGUCCUUCGGCUGCAUUACUUGGCGCUUGAUGAUUACUUCCGGUCCGUGUGGAACUCCAACUCCAAGUGGUGCGCAAAGGCGUUCGACAGCUUCUGAGACGUUCUUGACUUAUGGAAGCGCUCGCCAAAAUUUGGGAGUCCGUGCGAUUUGGCCUUUCGUCCCUUUUGAAAAUGCACUGAUUGACGAAAUUGCGCGGGCAGCCACUGACUUUGAAGUCUUGUCGAAAUUAUUGUAGUUCGGCAACCUUGUCUUCCGGUUUACUGCAGUGCGUCUCAACACGCCGAUAUGGCAUUCUUACGCAACGGCGUUUGUGGCUGAUUGGGUGGUUGCUGUUGAAGUUCAGUAUUUGCGUCGCGUUCAUCGUUCUCCAGAACACUUUGGUUUUUAGUCCACCACAGUCUGUGCGGCAUACGAGGCUAUCCAGGAAGGCCAGAUGGUUGUUUUCUUUCUCUUCAAUCGUAAAUCGUAUGUCUGGAAAGACCGCGUUGAGACGUUCUUUGAAUGUCGGGUGACAUGGCAGGCAUACGUCUUAAUCUGCCCAUAAGUUCGGCAAAAUUUGGGGAGCCCUUACCAUAGUUAAGUGGAAUAUUGAACGAACUAAGGCUUCAUCUGACACAAUUGUGCUACCCAGGCGUUGUUUUAAGACAGACUAUGGGGGCCAGGAGUAUCAUGCAAUUAAAAGACGUUGACUGACAGACCAUCACUCACACAGUACUUUAGUGGAUAUCGCGAUUGCUUAAAUGGUUAAAUAUGUAAAGCGUCUGAUACCAUCGAUUUAUUUGCAAUGUGUCGGCACAGUUCACACUCCGUGCCCCUCACAUGUGUACACUGCCACCGCUGUAUUUCAGGUAGCAGGUAUGUUUACGUUUCGAUACAAAUAUCCGUGGUUGGGCAUUGGCAACCAUGUCGGCACAAGAACCAGACACUUAUCAACACCAGAGUGAUCGGAACAACUGACUAUGUCGAUUCAUUCGUGGAACCUGUUUUCGUCGUUUAUGCAAUGUUUGCCUGUAAUUCGUACUUAGGUAAUUCGUGGGAGUUACCAUCGCGCCAAAGAAACAGAAUAUGGCAAGUAUUAUUAUGUUAAUAUGCGGUUUUUUGCCGACUGCUUAGAACUGGCUGAAAUAUAUGCAUAAACUAUGCUGGACCUGUGUCCCAUUCCGUUAUGGCGACAAAAUUACGUUUACUGAUUAACAUUUCAGUAGAGUGUUAUUACUAUCCUAGAACUACACUUCUUUCCAGACCUGCUGAAAACCAUUUUGCGGUCGCCAACAAUGAGAUGGAUGCUGGUGAGAAAUCUGAAGGCAAGUCAUCCAGGAAGCGGUCUCGAAUGGCUGCCGAAGACCUUGAUGCCGAUGUUAUGUGUCCUUUAUCACCCGCUCCCAAAAAGCCCAAGAGGCGUCGGUCAGAACAGUGA